AUGGAUUUUGAUGAAAAAUUCUCAUCUCAUCUUCCAUUGUUCUCUAUGGACAAUGCCUCAUCAUCUAAUUUUAUAGAUGAGUUCCCUUUAGAAAAUGAUGAUGUUAACCCAAUUGAAACUUUUAAUGUAAAUGUAUCAUCCCCUCUUCCGAUUAAUUUUCACCAAACAAAUUAUUUGGAUUCUCUUACAAACUUUUCAAAGGAUUGUUUAUCAAAUUCAAAUUUUCAUAAAAACAAGCCCUGUAUAAAUCAAAAAACUCACCAUGAAGUUUUAGAGCAUUCUCAAUUAAUCAACUCAAUAAAUAUUACUCAAACAUAUAACAACCCUUUUAAGUAUUCUGAGUUAAACCUCUCAAAUAACAAGCUUUUGAAUGAAAACUCGUGCACAACUCCUAUAAUCAAUCCCGCCAAUAUUUCAAGUGAUUUAUCAACUAUCACAACAGUCAAAAAGGCAAAGGGAAAGAAGUCAAAUGAACUCAAGGCUAAAUGGACUACUGAAGAAGACAGAUUAUUGAUCGACUUAGUUGAGCAUCAAGGCAUGAAGCAAUGGUCUAAAAUUGCCCAAUUUUUUGAAGGAAGAAUUGGAAAACAAUGCAGAGAAAGAUGGUACAACCAAUUGAAAUCAAAUAUUAAGAAAGAUGAAUGGACUGAAGAGGAGGAUAGAAUUAUCAUAAACGCCCACGCAAAAUUCGGAAACAAAUGGGCAGAAAUUGCCAAUAUGUUACCUGGAAGAACAGAUAACUCUAUAAAAAACCAUUGGAAUGCCACUAAAAGAAGGCAUUUUUCUAACAGAAAAUCUAGAACAAAGACUUUAAGGCAAAGCUCUAUUUUGGAUGAGUACAUGAAGAGCUUAACUCCUGAAACCAUCAAUGGAGCUUAUUUGAAUCAAUCCUCCUCUUCAACAAUGGCGUUUAUGGAAAAUAAUAUUCAAAUCGGACAAAUGGAUGCAAGCUCCGGCUAUCAAUUAGGUCGAGAACAGGACAUCAAUGAGCUUCCGAAUUUUAACUUUGACCCUCAAAUUUUUGAUGAUAGUAACAUAAACUAUCUUCUUGAUGAUACAAAUUUCAACAUGGAUGAUAAUAAUGGGGGCGAUGUUGGUAACGAUCUUACAAAUGAUAAUAAUGGGGGCGAUGUUGGUAACUGCACUAAUUCUAGCCUAACGAUGCUGCAAGCCGAGAACAAAAACGAUCCAGAUUUAUAUUGGAUUUAA